GACCAGUCUACUUGGAGUCCUUGUUAAAAAGAAAACUGCACAAAACAAUGAGCUUGAUAACAAAUAAACAUGGCUCCUUCCUCUUCCUCUUCUCCUUCUUCCUCUAAGUCUCCUUCCUCUCCUCCUCCAGCGCCAACAGUAGUUCUCCCUUUUCAAAACCCUCAUAUCACACCUAUUCAAGAGUGUGAAAAAGAAGAGCACGGAGAUGAAUAUAGUGAAGAGAGAAGCCAAAGUGCUACUACCAAAGCAACACCAGCUAGUUUUAUAGACAAGAUACCGACGCCAAAGCUCCAUUCAAGAUCACCUCCCAAUGACACAAACAGCAAGCAAAGCACCAAGAAACGACAUGGUGAUAGCACUAAUGGAGAUGACGGUGGUGGUUCAAUUUCUUGUAACAAGUGCCAUCCACAUGCAAGAGAGAAGAUUUCAGUUGUUCCUUUGGACAAUACUGGCUUAAACAAGCAUUCAUCUAUUGCAAGUCCAAAUGGAAUUUUCAAGUCCAUAUUUUCUUCACUGACUAGGAAGAGUCCAAAAUCCACUGGUGAUGCCCCAAUAGCAAGAGAAGAGCAAUGGAAGACUGCUGUAGCUGAGCUAUCUCAUAAAUUGAUUCAAGCAACAAGAAAGAGAGAUGGCGCGCUUCUUGAAGCUUCAAGGCUCAAGUACUCAAUGGCUGAGCUUGAAAACAAGCUUAGCAUGCUUGAAAUUUAUUGCCAUGAUUUGAAGUCUGGACUUGAUGAAUGUAGCAGUGACAACCCACUUUAUCGAGGUGAAAAAGGCUACAACAUUCAUCAAUAUCAACAAAAUGGUCUUAUGGGGGUCAGUGAUAAAGUGAUGAUAGAGCAAUUUUUGGUUUCAGUAUCUGAAGCUAGGUCCUCUGUUAGGCUAUUAAGCAGGUCACUCACUAGGCAACUAAGGCACAUGGGAGUUAGAGUAUAUGAGAGAAUAUCUGCGUUGCUUCAACCUUAUGAUAUAAAGAUUUCAUUAUAUAAGAAUCCGAAAGGUGUGCUCUUUUGCCUUGAGGCUUUGUUGAACAAAGCUUUCUUCGAAGAUUUUGAAUCUGUUGGGUUCCAAAGGAAUUUCGUAAAUCAAAUAUUGAACCCAAUUGAUAGAUGUGAAGCAAACUACGCGUCAUUUAACGUGCUUAGAGAUUUGACAUGGGAGGAGGUAUUGAAUCAAGGGACAAGGCAUUUCAGUGAAGAGUUUAGCAAGUUUUGUGAUAGGAAAAUGAGUGAGAUUGUGGCUAUGUUGGGGUGGAAUAGAGCCUGGCCUGAGCCAUUGUUGCAGGCAUUCUUUAGUGCUUCUAAAAACAUGUGGUUGGUGCACCUUUUGGCCAAUUCGGUGCACCCUGGCAUGCCAAUCUUCAGGGUGGAUAAAGGGAUGAACUUUGACUCAGUUUACAUGGAGGAUAUGGGUGGAGACCGGGCAAGGAAGUUGGUCCCAGCGAUGGUUAGGAUCAUGGUGGCACCUGGGUUCUAUGUUUAUGGUAACGUGAUAAAAUGUGAUGUCCUCUGCAGGUACUAUAAUCAUAAUGUUAGUAAUGAUAAGGGUUUAACCCCCUCUCCUUAGGGUUUCGUUUGAUCCAAAUCUUGAAUAUUUUGAUUAGUUGGUACCGAUACUUUCUU